CUGGUUUAGAUGUAUUUUCAUGAAAUUUGGUCGUCAGGUUAGCCAGGGAGUGGGCCCACCACGCUUUUCUUACUGUUGACUUAAAGAUUUCUGCGACGUUUUGUGAAACCCUGUAGGAUGUUCCUGACUCAUAGCAUGAUGGGAUGGAGUGUGUUGGCAGUGCUCAGCAUCAGUGUGCCUGUGUGGAGCUCUGUGAAGGUGACGCAGCCCUACAGAGUAGUGAGCACCAACGGAACGGCACAGAUCCACUGCAUCAUCCACUCCAGAACCGCCGCCUCCCACCUUCGACCCGGCCAGCGUCUGGCGAAUCUCUUCUCCAACCAGGAAGACCUGCAGGUGGCUCUGCUUAGAGGUCUCCAUGGCAACCAGAAAAUCUGCACCUCCACCCUCAACACCUCAGAGCAUGAGAAGGAGAUGCAGCAGGAGAAAGACGGAGAUGGACAGUGUGCGAUUCAGAUGAAAGAUGGCGCUGUGGUGGUGACACUAUCCGGACUGAAAGCCACACACACAGAUAUCUAUCGCUGUGCCAUCCAGGUCUUCUACCCACCGCCCUACCAACAGCUCACAGGCAACGGCACACUCCUUCAUGUCCUGGAGGAUUCCCCCUGCCCUGUCCGGGGGCCCCAGAGACAGCAGAGUGAGGAGGAGGAGGGGGAAGAAGAGGAGAGUAAUGAGACAAAACCAGCAGUCAGCGUUACUGUGGUAGUUCUUGUGAUAGCCGUCAUCUGUGUCCUCAUCAUCAUCAUCACUUUUCAGACUCUCCAGUGUGAGCGAGGCAGAAGGGAACCUAUCAGGAUGCCGCCGAAUAUCUUGCUUCACAAAGUGGAUGCUGUACCAUUUUCGUGUGGAACCAUGGCAUAGAAAUGUCCCAAAUGAUAGCGAUUAUUUCUCUGUCUGUGCUUUUGUACUUCUCCAGUGCAAAACUAAUGUUUACAUUCUUGUAAACACACACAUUGUGUUAAAGCUGUGGCUUUGAUUCAGUUAAGUUUAUUUGACUUGAGCUGCUGAAGCACCUGUAUUGAGGUGAGAAGGCUAGUACCGCCAGUACUGUGUACAAAACUGCUGAUGUGAGUAAAACCUCUUUGUUUAAGCUGCUUAGUUGCAACGUUCAGCAUCAUUGUGGCUUUCACCUUUUUAUUGUGUUUUGUUUUUACAUGUUGUUACAUAUUGAAUUAAAAUAGAGUUCUGUGUCACGUAGCAAAAUGUUUUGAACGCUCAUUUUCUAAAUGUAGUUGGAGGGGAUUGCUUUACACUGAGCCAAAAUGAAUCCGGUUUGCAAUGUUGUUACACAUGUUAUCUUUCCUAUGUCCUUUGUUAAACUGUAUAUACAAUGAAUUUACUGAAUGUUGUUAAUUUUUCAUUGGCAAAGCUGCAUUUAUAUAGUUUUGCUGAGUAACACUGUCAUAAAAAAUUGUCAUAAAACCUGAUUUUUAAACAAUGUUUCCCAACAAUCAAACAAUAAAGCACAAAACUAUUA